UAUGGCGUCGUUGUGGGGCCCGAGUGGGGAGUGAGACUCAGCGCCGAGUGUAGCCGCUCCCUGGGAACAUGAUGCCCGGAGAGUCCCGUUCACAGGCGGCUGAGGUGGCGGCCGAUGCUGUGACCGCGGGCUCAGCUUCCUGUGUGAACUGUGACACCUUGCAGCAGAAUUUAAAUGAAUAUGUAACUGCAUUAAUAGCACUGAAACAAAAAAUCAUUGACACAGACCACGUUCUGACAGAAUACCAGAAAAAAUGUGAUGAACUUCAAAAAACCGAAAGGGAUUGUAAAACACUUCGAGAUCAACUGGAUGAGUUGUUGCAGAAAUUUGCACCGCUGGAAAAAUGCAAGGAAGAAAUGGAUGCCAUGAGAGUGGAACUGGAAGAAAAGAGGAGUUCCAUCAAGAUGUACCAACAGACCCAUUUAGAGUUCAAUGAAUUACAGCAAGAACAGGCAAGAAAUGAUGCUGCGAAGAAGAAAUUAGAAAGUCGGGUAAAAAGACUGGAAGAAACGACAGCAAAACAAAAUGCAGAAAUAAAGCAGUUGAAAAGAGAGAAGACGACAUUGGAAAGAAAUCUAAAGAAAACUCAGGAAAAGUUGAUACUUCAGCAGAAGAAUGGUGUAAAAGUUCUAAAAGAUGCUCAGACACAGAAUGCCCUGCAGGAUGUUGCAACACGAAUUGACACAAAUAAAGUAAAAGUGUUACUCGAAGAAAUAUGGAUGUGUAUUGAAAAACCCAAUGUACAAGAGAAGACAAACAAGAGUCCAGGCAAGAGAGGACCUUCACAGAAGAAAACCAAGAUGCUUAGAAGUUCCUUAAGUAAUCCAAGUCACAGCAGUCCAUUGGAAACUUCAGAGCUGCCAACAUCUUCACUCCCAUGUCAACUGGAGUGCAACCAAGAAAACAAUUGCUUAAAGAUGGAUGAGAGUCUGGCUGAUGAAGGACUGAAGAGCAAUGGUGACAGUGCCUUCUACGAUGACAAAACAAUAGAACUAACUCAACAUAAAGAUCCGGAUGACAGUACAAAUACUUCAAGCAGUGAUAUUGAUAGCGAUGACGAUGAUGAUGAGCAAGAUACUUUAAGCCAACAACUACAAGAAAUACUUGAUUGGACUGAACCUCUUCCUCCGCAACUGUCUCCAUUGCCAUGUUCUCCUUCAUCUAAAAAGCAAAUCCUGUUUGGCGAUAUUACAGAUUCAAGUGAUGACGAAGAUUGUAAUCUUCCUGGAAGGAACCGUAGUGAAAGUGUAGCAGAGCCUGAUCAAGUGGAUAAUUCUAGAUGCAUCGAGGUGCUGACAACUAAUCAGUCAACCAUGAUGGAGGCAGGUGUUUCUGAAAGUAUGUGUGAAGAGUUAUCUGCCGAGAAAAUGGAUUGUUCUGAGGCAGAGAAUGAAGAUCUGAAUGAACAGUAUUCAGUAAAAACUGAAGUCGAGGCUGAACUUUCAGAUUGUUCUUUGAUUGUCAAAGCUGCUCAGUGUAGAAAUGAAAACAGCACUGAAAUUCAGUCCAUAUGUGAAGAAACUACGAAGGACUGUGAUGUUGAUUCUGGUCCUGGGUGCAAGAACAAUGAUAAAACUGACCCGACAUCUCUGCAAUACAAUUGCAAUGAUGAUAUGAAGAGAAAUAAUAUUACAGAAAGUUCAAAAAGCAUUGUGGUUUCAGUAGAGUGUAAUCUUCAAACAGUGGAACCAGAACUUGAAAAGUCUCAACCCUGCAGUAAAGAAGAAUAUGGUGUAGAAACUUGUGUUAAAGAGGUGGACAGGGAGGAGGUUGUGUCAAACGAAGUCAGUGCUGGUGGACAGUUAGGAUCAACUUUUGAAGCAAUGGAGAAGCCAGAAAUUAAGUGUAGUAGUCUUACAUGUGACAAUCAAAGAGGUGAAUGCAUGGUAACUUCAGUGCUGAUCCCUGAUAGGGAGCAUGCCAUAUCAGAACGCACGGCAAAGAAGCAAAUUGGUGUUAGCACAGUGGAAGAAGAAAUAUCAUUUUCAGAGCUGAACAAUGUAGAAGUUGAUGGUGUUGCUCAUACUAACUCAGAUGAAUGUAUUCCUACAGAGGACAUGGAGGUGGAGGAAAGAAAUUGCAAUAGUUUUACACCUGACAGGCAAAAGAAUGAAUGUUCACAGGUUUUGUUGCAAGCAACUGAUGUGGACCUACCUCACACAAACUCACUGACAACAGAACAAAAUCUUAACGAAAGGGAGGAGAAAAUCCCAUCAGCUGAGAUUUAUUGUUCUGUAGAAACUGAUGUUUCUCAGCACAAGUCCAAGAACUGCAAAACUACAGGGUGUGCAGAGGGGGAAGAAGUUAUUUCUGAUACCUCAGUAUCUGAAAAUCAAGAAGAUAAAUCUAUACUGACUUCAGUGCCAGCCACUGAUUCUGAUCAAACGCACAAUGAACUUGCAGCAGAAAAUCAAAGAGAACAUGUCAAAGUGCAGGCCAUGUCAUCGAUAGCAGAUUUUGAGUGUUCCAUGGAAACCAGUAUAUCCCAGGAUAAGGCAAACAACCUUUUUUCUACUGAGGAUACAGAAAUGAACAUCUGUUCUGUUGGCCUAACAUCAGAUGAUCAAAAAGAUAAAGGCAAUCCGAUUUCUGCGUCCGGUGACACUGAAGAGUUUGAUGCAAAGGAACGUAGUGGGAUUGACAGAAAACAGGAGACAGCUGUACUUGGCAAGAUUGACAAUUCUGUCAUAGCUCGGGACAGGUCCGAGAACCAUGUCGGUACUGAAAAUGUGGUGGUAAAAGGCUUAGAUUCCAAAAGUCCUACUUUUGACAGCCCCAACGAUGAACAUGUGGUACCUUCAGAAUCUGAAUUUAUUCAACAGGCUGAAUCAGCCUUUAUAAUAAAGGACAAAGAUGGUUUCAACAAACUCAGUGAGGUGUCUUCACGUGAGUCUGACUGUUCUGAUGUCGUUCAGGACAGUUCCAUUUGCAGUACAGAUAUGGAGAUGGAGGAAGUAGAAUUGAAUAGUUCUACAUCUGAUGCAGCAAACAAUGCAUGUAUAUCAACCCUGAUACCAUUCACUACUGAGAUGACUGAAGUGGAAUCCACAGCAAAAGGUCAAGAUAAUCUUAACAAGAGAGAGCUGCCUUCGCCAUUUUUUGAUUUUGACAGUUCUGAGAUAUCUGGUGCUAUACAGAAUCAACACAAAGACUAUGUUUCAACACACAUUGUGGAUAUGGACGAAGGUAGUUCCAAUGGAUCUGCAUUUAUUGAAUGCACAUUGAUUUCAGUGCAGUCUUCCAUUGAGGAAUCCGAAACCAAAUCCACAAUAGAGGAAGACAACAUGAUUACCAAAACAAAUGAACCGCCUUCAUUUCUUGAGUCAGAUUGUUCUUUUGCCAUAACCGAUCUUGCUCAGGACAAAUCCUCAGAUUGUAUUUCUGUUAUGGGAAUCUCUAGCAAAUCUGAACGUGUGAGUUUCCUUUCCACAGAAUCGGAACCAACUGAAGAUACUGAAAAAGUAAAAGACCUGGUUUGUGAAAGCCCAUUUGACCAGUGGAAUGAAGAAAAAGAUAAAGUUGUGGACAAUGAAGAAGAAGAAUGUCAUAUAGGAGAGAUAAGCAAUCAAGAAUCUGCCACAGACUCAACUCAAAUUUGCGAGAUGAAUCCACAGAACUCUGAAGUAGAAGUCUCCAUGUUGGUUAGAAAAAUCAAAAGAAAGCAAUGGCACGCAAAGAUUCUAACUCCUGAGGAAGAAAUGCAGGAUACCACUAAUCAAAAUGGAGUUGAAGUAGCCACCACAGCUGAUGUUUACAUGCCUGAAAGCUCGUCUCAAGAGGUCAAAGCUCAGACUGGGGAUCAGAAGCUUGAAGCUGAACAGCACACCUUUUCUGUUAAUGGCCAUGUUACAGUACAAUUUGACAAAGUGCCUUUUGCUUCUAACUGUGUACCAGAAGCUAACGAAACUGUUUGUAAAAUUGCAAACAUGAUAAAUGUUAAGGAAGAUCAAGUGGCUGUUCAUCCUGACUCUAUUGAGAAUAAAAUUGAGCCAGUAACUUUGGAUAAUGAAUUUUCACAAGACAUCUGUCGUACUCCAGCAUUCAAAGCAACUGAUAUGAAUUCUGAAGAUGCCAAACAUGGGGACAACGCUAUGUCAAGAAAAUAUGGAGUUUCAACUCUAGAUUUAGAUAUCCCUGCUUUAAAAAUUUGUGACAAUGAGCCUCUUUCAGAAUCGAGCACUAACACUGACACGAUGUUAGGAUGUGCACAUAUAGAAAAUAAAUGUUUGGAAAACAAUUAUCUGCAAAAUGAACUAGAUAAUGUGGUGAAAUUGCAAAACUCUUCUGACAUUUGUUUCAACCAAGACAGCAACAUAAAAGAGAAAGAUGGCGUGCAAACUAGAAAGAGUACCAUUGGAGUUGUACAGGAAAUGUCCAGUUGCAUCUCAAGUGUAAAAAAAGUGAAUAAUUCUACAAAUACACCAAUAGAGGGCAUUUCCAGUCAUAUACGUUUUGUACAAACAGUGGACAAUUCAACACAAACUGAAAUAAUGUGUGUUGGUCCAGAAACUGUGCUUUACACUGGCAGUGAUCUUAAGGCUGUUUCUCAGAUAGAUAUUGUUGAAAAAUGUAAAUUAGGAACACCAAAUGCAAAACAACAUUCUGGUUAUUGUGAUUUGUGGAAUCCAUCACUUCCAGAUGUUCCUUCAGAUCAUCGAAGACCCAUUUACUCAGUAGCUUUACAUGAUAAUGAAGCAUUAUUUGAAAGUACAGUUGACAAUUCAGUGGCUGUGGAAUCAUUUGGAACUUCAGAAUGUGAGCAUACCUCCAAAAAGACUACAAAAACCAAAAAAGUACAAUUAUGUAGCAGAUUACCAUGCAGUUUGGCUGAAGGUGAUGGAGAUCUGCAACCAGAAGGCACUUUACAAAAGUCUAAUUUACAGUCCACCUGCAAAAGUCGUGCUGUUUUAAGAAGAAACAGAAGAAAUUCAAAUUUGAACAAUCCACCUGUACAAGCCAAUGCUGACACUCCCACUCCAGCAUUGUGUACACAAGAAAUUCAUCAAGUAAUGUUAGAAAUGGGACAACCUUUACCACCACUACUGCCGCCACUCGUAGCUACACCACCAAGAGCUGUAAGAGGUACAAAACCAAUAUCCCCUGUUAUUACAACAUCUAAUACAGUCUUGAUAUGUUCUCCUGUGGAUGAUUUGGCUUCACCUUCUAAGGACACCACAAUGGCUGCUUCGGUUUCUCCUCCUUUGGAUUAUACUCAACAAAAGUCUCCUUCGAUGCAGUCACCAUCCCCAUUAGAAUUUGCAAGAAAUGAACGAAUCCAGUCUUCCCCAUUACAGUUUUGCACUGCAACCCCAAAACAUGCCGUUCCUGUACCUGGGAGACUACCUCAAUCUGCAUCGACAUCCGGGGGUUCAGCUUUACCUCAAGAAAACUCUGUAAAAAUAUUGGAUGCUAUGUAUCCUAACCUCUCUGCCCGUGCAAGAACUUUAAACAUCCUCCGUGGAAACGUUCAACUCAGUAUUCGUGGCCCCACAGACAAUGAGAACCAAUCUGGAUCAGUGAAUCAAAUCAUGGGGUUCAAAGCAAUCAAUUCUGCUGCAACUGCAUUUGUUAAAGCAGGAAGCAAUUCCAGAUCAGAAGGCUCAAAAACUGAUGGGUAUGAAAAAGAUUUAGAGCAACAACAGACAGCUAUUGCUAGCACGUUAAGUACUGUGAAUAGAUCUAAAAAAGAUCAAAAGGGUGCCAAAAGAAUUGCAGAUGAUGAUGGAGCAGGAAAUGCUAAAAGGAUGAAAGUAGAAAACAGAUGUCAAAAUGGAGAUAAUACUACUGAUUUAAUCUCACCACAAGAGUCUUCAAAUGUAAACAUUAUUGACACCACUGAACCACUUUGCAAUGGGCUAAUAGAACAGGAAGCUGGAUAUAAAGCUCAACAUUUCUCGCAGCCUCUUGAAUCUCUUCAUUCAAGUGAACAGGCUUUAGCUAGUGCCUUAAUGAAAAUUACCAAGUCCAGCUUUGACCUACUGCCUGUUAUUCGCAGUCAUGUAUUUGUUGGGAAUAUUCCUCAUAUUCCGGUAUUGCGUGAUGAAGAAAAAGAGGUGAUUUGUGAAUUGAGUGGCAAUAAGGAUUUAACAGAAGCUUUAAUGAUGGCUAUCCUCAAGAAGCUAAAGGUUGAGCAAAUGACACUUGAUAAUAACUGUCUUCAGGCACUUUCUCGAGUUUACGUUGCAAUCUGCCGACAGCAAGGAGAUCUUGAAAGAGCUCGUCUCCUCUCCUAUAAUAUCUUAAAGGAAGAUUUCCCAGAUUCAAGCAAAUUGUUGCUGCUCAUUUUGAGUGUUUGGCAGAACAUAUUUUCUACACAAGGACCAGUCAAUAAAGCUAUGCAAGCUGUUGCCAAGCAACGUGCCAAAGGAGAUGUUCUCACUUGUUUGAGUGCAUACCUCAAUUGGGAAAAGAAUCCACCUCUAGACAUUAGUUCUUUGGUUUCAAGUUUCCUUAUUGCCAUGCAGCAGAGUCCUAAAGUGGGAUUCCGAAAAAGUAAUGAAUAUGGAAUGGAUUUUAAUGGUGAUAUGUGGGAACUGAUUUAUGCCAUAGAUUUGCUGUGUUCUCAACAACCAUGGUCAUGGACGCACAACUCCUUCAUAAGGACAGAGGUAUGGCCUGUAAUGGAUAAAUGGAUGAAGCGCAGAAGAGGCCAGGCAAAUAUUCCAAAUAUUCCAGAUGCCACGGUUGCAGGCGUCAUGAGACUUAUUGGAUACCUGGGACAGCAAGGACUGAAGAAAGAAUCUUUAGUUGCUGUGAGAAACAUGGCUGCAGUGAUGAACCAGUUUCUCCAUCAGGCUUUUCAAGAAGGUGUUCCAUGGCCUGUGCAGUUAUCAGCAGUUUAUGCAGUUUGUGACCUUGCUCCUAGUAAUCCUAAAGGAGCCCUGGAGGCCCUACAUACAUGGAAGACAUCAGUAACUGAACCAAUCCCUCCUGAGGCAAGCAACUGCAUAAAGGACCUUGAGACUUUUUGUGAAAGAUUAAAUUCUGAAAUGAAGAAUCCAUAAUAGUUGUAUCUAGUAAGUUUGUGAAAUGAAAGCAGUUGUCAACCAGAAGCAAUCUCUAUUGGGGAAACAAAUGUUCCAAAAUUGAGUUUUUACUUGGAAGUAAUAAACUGUUACACCAUACAAUAUUUGAUAAUUAAACCAACAUCUGUAAUAACAGUUCUGAAUAUGACAUUAAUAUUAAAAUCUAGCCCCUUUCCUUCCACCAAAAGGGUACCUUAUUAGAGAGAUGGGAAGCAAGUUUUGAUGCAUCCUGGAGUUAUGAUGCUGUCGUUUACCUGUGUAUAAAGAUACAUUUACAGUAUAAUGUGUCAUGUAUCUCCAGGACAGACUUCUUUUGUUUUAAAUUUUCUAUAUCCCACUUUUUCUUAGAUUUGCCUUUGAAUUUGUGCCUAAAAUUGAAAAGGUCUGACCGCAAAUUAUAAUUAAACAUUUUUAUUUCUAUGAAAUUUUCAAUUUGUUGCAAUAAACUUUUAAAUUGUAGGAAAUUCAAAGCUUGCUUUGACUGAUGUGCACAGGCACAUUGUGUUUUAAAAUAGCUAAAUGUUGAAAGUCAAAUGCUUCUUAACUCCAGUAGGAAAAACUGAAAGCCUGAAUCUCAAAGUAGACCUUAAUUGAAUCACACUCCUGAAAUAAAAACUGCAAAUGCUUAUACGUCAGAAGAAAAGUUUUUCAGAUGCUGAAGACCUGCAGUAUAAUUCUGCCACUUCCUGUUUUUAUUUUGUUUAGCCAGUAUUUGCAGUCUUUUAAAUCUUAACUAUUCCUCAAAUGUUUUAUUUUGCAGCAUAAACAAUGCUGAGUAUGACAAUAAUACACAUUAUUAUAACAGGUCAUUCUUAGCCAGAAUAGGGCAGGGCAGUACUAUAGCAAAUUGCAUUGUUCAAUUUCCAUCUUUGAAAAAGAACAGUUGUAUAGCAGGAUCUAGUGUGCUGAAGCUAAACACUAUCCACAUUUUUCAGUUUCACUAAUCCCCUAUUUUGGGGUGACUGUAAAUCAUAUCUAUCUCCAUUAGGAUCUAAAUCAUCCAUGGAAUUACAACACAGGAAAUCAUUCAGCCCAUUGCCUGUAUGAUGAUUCUUUAAAUAAAGUUGUCCAAUGUGUCCCACUUCCCUUUGCCUUCACUAUAACUAUAAUACUAAAAUAAUUUAGGUAGUCUAACAGAACAAAAUUAGUCAUUAAGUAAUAGACAGUUGAGAUGCUUGCCUUCAUACUGGGAAAUAGUUUCAAACUUUGGUUACCAUUCUGACAGUAUUUUCUUUCCUAAUUUUUUGCCUUAGUCAUAUGCUCCUAAAAUAAUUGACCAUUUCGUAUGCAGUUUGUCUUACUGUUUGUUCGCCACAUUAAUGUAUAGUGUUAUUUGCUUUGUUAUUUGCUUUUUCAUUCAUUAAAAGAAGAUUUUUAUUGCCAUGAAUUUCCUGAGAAUGAUCUUGGGCAGCAUGCAGCAGUAAAUUCAGUUUUUUUUUAAAUUUUGGCCUUAACACUUUUCACAACCAAUCCAAGCUAGAUCAAAUUGAUGAUAAAGAGCUUUCACCCACACUCCUCCCUGAUGUAAAAGUCACCCAACAUCAGGUUAUAGUCCAACAGGUUUAUUUGAAAUCACAAAAUUAUGGAGCAUGGCUACUUCAUCAGGACCUAAUGAAUGAGCAGCGCACUGAAAGCUUGUCAUUUCAACUAAACCUGUUGGACUAUAACCUGGUGUCAUGUGACUUCUGACUUUGUCCACCCCAGUCUAACGCUGGCAUCUCCACAUCAUGGCUUCCUAAUGUACGUACUUGUCAGUGGGAAAAUGUGUUGCUUUGUUCAGUAUGAGCUCUUACAGUCUAAGACAGUUCCAAGUUUCAUUGCUCUUCAAAUGAAAAAUCUGUUAGUUUCUAUAUCCUUCACCCAUUGCUGGUUAAUGUUCAGUGAAUCUAGUUAAAAAUAUUUUUGUUCAUUGCCAAUUCUAGUGUCUGGACUCAUAAGAACAGCACUUGCAAGAUAUAACGGAAUAUUAUCUCUAAUAACUGCUGUUUUGAAAAAAGAAAAUAUAUCAGCUGAGGGGGAAAAAAGGUUUGGGAGUGUGUGGUGCCAGUACAAAACCAAUUUUUUUUUAAAUUCACUCUUGUGAGCUUUCACAUUUUUGUUUCUUAGCAUAAUUCUUUACCGCUACCUGUCUGUGUCUCUUUACUGCUACCGAACUGCCUGGUCAAUUAUGAAAAUGUUAUUCCAUCUUUAAUGUCAGCCUUGUGAAUUAAUCAAGUUCUCUGAUGUGCGGUGUGCCAAGUGCAGAUUGUCAGAUAUGCAUUCUGGUCCACUGAGUGACAUUUUAGAAAAGAUAUUUUGAGCAGACCCAAUAGGACAGAGUGGGCUAUGUUCUUCCUGUGUUUAAGUUAUUUUCCAGUAUGCCACUAUUCUAAGUGAUAUUUCUGAUUAUGUUACACUUACACGUGAAAGGUGCAGUAAUCACAAAACAAAACCUAGAACUUAGAAUGUUUAAAAUUAUUUGCUGACCACAGAUUCUGAAUGAAAAUGACCCCAUUUCGCGUAAUUGUUUAAUGCUGAAUGCUUGUGCUUAUGUACCCUGAUGAUUCAGCUAUAUUUGUUUUUAAGUUGAUGGAUAAGCAAGUUCAAACAUAUACAGGAAAUAAGUGUAGAUAUUGUGUUAAGUCUCUCAGGUCCCUGGAUUGGCAGAGGUUAGCUUAAAAUGAGACCUGCUUAUAGCUAUGUACAUAUGAUUAUUCAUAGUGAAAAAUGUGUUUUUUUUUUCUGUGAAUGCUUGUAAUUAGAUGAAACUUUGUUUCUGAUAUUUUGUUCCAUUUGGGAAUGUUUAUUAUGUAUAAAGUCACCAGGUGCAAUUUAGGUUUUGGGUUAUGUAAAAAGAUUACUAGGUAAAUAUGUAUAACACUUCUGUUGAGGUUUUUUAAAUAACUUUUUAUACAAAUGCUUCUGGAAUUUUCCUGUGCAACACAUUUUAUAUUAAAGUAAAACAUUGAAUCAUA